CGUCAGAGGGUGGUUCGAAGCGAGGCGGCCAUCUUGGUUUUAGGGUCACGAGAGCCAAAUCUUCCGCAUUUAUCGCAGUGAAUAUACAACGUUUAUUUUUGGAUUUCACUGAGUCUGGUUCAGGGUUUGAACUUGAUUUGGUUCAAAAACAAACGAACAAGAUUCGCUUUGUAAAGUGACGGGAGCAGAUCAAACCGUUUACGCCAUGGCUAGUGGGCCAUACAACUAUUCCUACAUCUUCAAGUACAUCAUUAUAGGUGAUAUGGGUGUUGGCAAGUCAUGCUUACUACACCAGUUCACAGAAAAGAAAUUUAUGGCAGAUUGUCCACACACAAUUGGCGUAGAAUUUGGCACUCGGAUAAUCGAGGUGUCCGGCCAGAAAAUAAAGCUACAGAUAUGGGACACGGCCGGCCAGGAGAGAUUCAGAGCUGUGACAAGAAGCUACUACCGGGGAGCCGCUGGUGCCCUGAUGGUGUACGACAUCACAAGAAGGAGUACAUACAACCAUCUCAGUAGCUGGUUGACGGACGCCAGGAAUCUUACCAACCCUAACACAGUGAUCUUCCUGAUUGGUAACAAGUGUGAUCUUGAAGCCCAGAGGGACGUCACGUACGAAGAGGCCAAGCAGUUUGCAGAGGAGAAUGGCUUAUUAUUCCUAGAAGCUAGUGCAAAGACAGGAGAGCAUGUAGAAGAGGCAUUCCUGGACACAGCUAAGAAAAUUUAUCAAAACAUUCAAGAUGGAAGUUUGGAUCUGAAUGCAGCCGAAUCGGGAGUACAACACAAGCCGGCCGCACCACGGGGGAACCAACUCAACACAGACCAGCCACAGAAUAAAGAGGGUUGUCCAUGCUAACGAUCGUCUCCCGUAGAACCAUCACUUCUCUUCGGCUUUCGGCCAAGUCUCUUUUUUUCCUGAUGCUGCUGAGUCGGAAGACGAAAGCCCUUUGGUGUUGUGUCUCAUUUUAAGAACUUUUUCAAGCAAAAACAUGAUAUAAUUUUCCCCAAACGACCGGAUGAACUGGAAAAGAUGACAAAGGGUGUGGACUGAUUAUAAAAGUCAUGUACACGUAUCAGGCUUUGACAGAGAUUGUGCAAUGGUUUUCCGUGCGUCUCUUCUGACAAAUGCAGCCCUCCAACUUUGUUGUCCAAAAGUACAAGAAACUGAAGUGAGAAGAAAGAUGAAUUUUUGGCACAAAGAAAAAAAAAAGUCUUAAAAACUGACGGCUACCAGGUAAGCGUGCAGGGCUGUACAUAAUGUUUGUGGUUGCUAGCCAUGUUGGGUUCAGUAUUAGACUAGUGUUGAUAUUUCUAAUUAGCAUUUCAUUUUCCGCCAAGCAGCGUCAGGAAAAAAAAUGAAGUUUUUCCUCUUCCCUCUGUGGGUGGCACACAUGGAGAACCUGGAUUCUGUGUAAGAAAUAGUCUGUUUGUAAUAAGUGGUACUGUGUAUAAAAAUGUCUUUAUUGAUACGUUCCGUGAUCCCUUUUAUAUUGUUAUAUUAUAUAAAUAUAUAUUUCAUUUAUCGCAUUUUAAGUAGGCUGCACUGAUGAACAUGAUUCUGAAGAGAAACCAAAUGCAGUAAUGUUUAACGAUGCCACUCAGUGCUUAAAUACUGAAAACGGUAAACAUUUACCAACUGUUACACCCAGAUUGUUGCGAAAAGGGCGAAUCAUUGUUUGCGAAUGUUAAGCAAGUUUAGUGCACUUAGAAAGGGUUCUGUACAGGGCUACAGACAGGGCUACAUUAGCAUUUCUGUGAGAAGUGUCCUCGUGACUUCUGAUUUGGACAGAGCAUAUUGAACACCAACAUUCUUGAACUAGUUCGCUCCUGUGUUUGUGGUGAUUGUUCCAAAAUCAUAUUUGUCACUUUACUGGGGCUACAGACAUUUCGCUUAUUGUUUUGUUUGCCUUUUGGACCAAUUUAUGAUUCAGGCUUUUGGUUUUCUGCGUUACACAGACAAGAACACAUGGAGAUCAGUUUAAAAUGAUACUCAUUUUUGGGAGACAAAGCAAAGUACAGUGUCGAAUGCAGAAACUUUUUUUUGUAAAUGAAAGUUGGGGAUCUAGCAUGCAUUUGUGUAUGUACAUGUAUUUUCCCUGGUCAUAAGCAUCAUUUGAUGUGAAAUGUAAUUUUGGGGGGUCUUUUUCAAGUGCCAACUUGUACGUUUUGUAUUAUGAACGUCCGUUUUCUCUCUUCUUUCUUACAUUUAUGGACAGGAGAUACAAAACCCGCAGGAUUUGUAUAAAAACGCUAGAAAAACCAAUAAAUCUAUGAUAUGGAUUACAUUGUAACCACCAUCAGCCACCUGUUAAUCGUCCAAUUCAAGUACAGUUUGGAGGCCCAGUUGUAACAGUGCAAGUAUUGUGCUUGCUGUUACUCCUAGUGACUGACCACCGGGGGCAGUCAUAGUGUUUCUACUAUGACAAGAUCCGGCCAUCUCCAAAUUAUUUGGCUGCGGCUUGAAAUUACACACGAGUCGAUGACGGCUGCACAGCCACUACCUUUAGAGUCCUGCGUAAUUUUGAGCUGCGGCAAAGUAAUCAGGACAUGGCCUUGGGCAUGGAAAGUAAUACCAGGUUACCAACCAAAAUAGCAUGUAGUGUGCAUUGCAGCAGUGCUACAGCAAGUGUAGCAAAUUUUCAACUUAGAGUACAUGUACACAGACCUAUGUUGUGUUUGGACUAUGAAGAGGAACACACCGAUGUGGCCUCAACUACUGUUGAUCGUUGACAGCUUGAACAAUCAUUGUACAGACAUUAUAACAGUAAUCAUUUUGUCUGUUUUAAUUGUUACUUAGUAACUUUGUUGUGACAUGUACGCUAAGGAAUACAAUCUCUGUGAUUGAAGUUACCUAUUUCUUUUGUCGUCAAAUCGCACCAGGUUGUGAGAAAAGUAGGAAGGAAAUCACAUGGUUGAAACUUGAAGCCAUCUCGAAGGUGCCUAAUCUUCAACAUUUUCUCAGAUGCGAGUCUAAAGUUGAUAUUCACCCAACCUCAUUGUUGGAUUGUGUUCCUGUGCAAGUGUUCCUGAUUGAAAAGAACUCUGACAACUUUCACGUUGAUGCUAGUCAGUUAGUGGCAGUCAUGACAAAGUGUGCAAUCAUCAAUGGAUGUACAUAAGUAAAAAAAUGAUUUUCAGCAGACAGAACAAUCUCCUGUUUUCUUGGUCACCGCAGAACUUUAAGUAAAAGCACUGUCUUCACAUAGAUUUUUUAUCCUUUUAUUUUGAUUUCUCAAACUUUGACGCUCUACCCGAUGGCCUGGUAGAUUUUCAAGGCCGUUUUUGUUUCAGCGACAAGCUUAUUCACUUCACAAAAGGUAGAAAAAAUUCACUAGAAGUCUUCCGGGAAGAAGUAGGUUUUGCAACUACAAGGGCAGUUUAAAACAUGUCAUCUUGAUCAUACAAAUUUAAUAAUCAUAAAUCUUGGCACAAGUAAUUAACUAGAUCCAAUUGCUUAUUCAUUUAUGCAGUGUUCGUGGUUUUUACUCCAAAGACUUGCAUAAGUGCACUACAAACGUCUAACAAAAGAAACACAGUUCACUAACAAUAAGCAUCCAUUGUUAUUGCACCGUACUUCUUCUGUUAGAUGUUCGCAGUGGUGGGAAGUCUUGUGCCUAGCUCAGUGUAUUGUAAUUUUGUUGUUUGGGGUGUUUUGCAAGGAAGAAGGACAGGAUAUUGCUUAGUUGAACUUUAUACUCCAAAACAUUAGAGCUUUAAAUUCUAAAUGCACUUGUCAUCUUUGCAUUUCUAAGUACUUUUAUAAUGCUGUUGCAUGUAUUCUUUAUGUGAGAUACAUGGAACUUAUUUCUUAAGUUAAUUAAUUUGGCAUAUGAAUUCGACAGUCACCAACAUUCCUCUAUUCAAUAGAGUUUCUAUUGAAUAUUUAUUAACUGUUUCAAUUUCAGUGCACAUAAAGUUUGUUGGAGCAAUUCUUUAUAGAUUCUCGUGAGUAUUACCUAAAAAAAUACUUCAGCUGACAGUUCACAACCUCUAUCCCAGUCUGUAUAUGAUAAUUCAGUGCAAAAUUACAGGAACUAUAAGCACCCCCGUAAAAGUCAGCAGCACAGGUGAGGUCAACUAACAGUUAAGGCUAGGUCAUAAAGUCAUGGCUGUGGCUAAGAACAUCAUGUGUUUAUUGAAGCCCCUGGUGCACUGCAUACUGCAGCUACAUCUCAUACUCGUAGCCACAGUCAGUUGAUUCAGACACUGUCCAAGGUCCCACAAGUUUGUUUUGUGUGGUAUGUGUUUCUUUAUCAUGUAGAUGAAUCAAUAGGGCAGUUUAGCAUUAUCGAGAAUCACCAAACCACUUGUCUUGUAUAAAAAAAGUAAAAUCUAAUGAAAUUGCAUAACUGUACAGAUUUUUUUGUAAAGUGUACAUGCCCACACAAAGAAUAGCAAAAAUGUUACAAUGUUGGUGUGCUUUGUGAUCUAGAAAAUGUUAUCAAGACAUUUAUGGGUUUUUAAUAUUUUUUCAUCCUUUCUUUCCCCUCGUAUUAACCGGCAGCCAUUUAUUUUUGACACUAGUGAAUGAGGAUUGUAGGCUGCACCAAGUUGUCAUGGCUGAGGCUGACAGUAGCACACGUGUCUAUGAGAAGUGGCUUACAGUCACUAGCCAGUGACUUCCAUAAGCGCGUGUAUGUUGCAUGUUGCAGCCAAGGCUUUCAGACGAAACCAGAAUGAGAUGUAGCUGGUCAGGUCCGAAGCAGUCUGGUGCCUGUGAUGUGGCAAACCAUUGUCCUCCUCACUGUGUCUUCAGGGAACAUGACAUGGAUUAUAGUAACGUAGAAGAAACACUUUUUGUACAACUAUUUUCCUCAGAAUUCAACUGUAACAAAAUCGAGUAGUUUUUGGAUCUUCCCCUCCCUGUCCUGUGUGAACCUCUAUAUUAUUUAUUACACUGGGUUCAUUUGUGUGUCAUUGUCAACUAAUUGUCAGUAUAAUCAGCAAUGCCUAACCUGCCAACACAUUUCAAUUGCCGCAUUGUUUUUACUAUUGACUUGCAGGCAUUACAAUAUCUUGUACAAUGUAAAUUGUGGAUUCAGAGAUAAGUGAAUAAUAAAUUGCUAAUUGAAGAUGUAAGAAGCCAUAACAAAAAAUUCUGCUUUGGUAGGUCGUUAUUAAAGUUGUGUUUUUAUCCACUCUGUGCAUGACCAGUUGAGGGCACUGUUUAUCAAGUCUCAAAUUAUGUGGAGAGGGCAUUUCACUGGUUUCCUGGGUCUUUUAGUCUAUUGUUAACAUGUAGGAAUUGAUAAGCAUCAGGGAAACUUCACCUUAACUGAGACUCAAAAUAUUCAUUCACACAUCUUUAAUCUGCGUCUGCUGUCAACACUGCAACAAUGUAAAUAUUACAGUGACUCAGAAGGAAAUACCAAAAAGCAAGACAGCAAAUAAGGCAGUUUAUUUAUUUUAUUCAUGCUUUCUGUGAUGUGUGUGCAUGCUGCCACUCAUACAAGUAAUAAUGUAAUGGUUGUAAUGGUGGUGUAUUUUCUGUGCGUGAUCAACCUGUAGAAUGAAUUAGAGUAAAACAUUUCAAACCGUCGUUUUUACAAUCCAAAAAGCAGCGCAGUCAGAUGCCAUGUUGGAAACCCAAAACGAGAUGAAAAUAUUAAAAUCGUGAAUCUGAAAAGAUGAAACAUAAACAGCACAAGUUUAAACAAACAAACAGUGCACAGCAGCAGUGUGUUGGAAAGAAAACCAACCUCGCUCCACAUUCUUGAUUUGGCAUGAAAUCAUGCCGAACAAAAUCAAAUUGUAUGUGCUUGAACCCUGUUAUUGUGAGGUAAACCAAGUUUCAUCCUGAAUUCAGAGAAUUGAUUUGACCAUGUGGAUUUAGAUAAGGAACUUAAAGAACUUAAAUCCAUUCAGAACACCUAAUCCUUUGAGGAUUUUGUGAUGCCGCGAGUACAAAACAUUUACAGAAUUUUGGUCAUGAUUAUUGAGAAUUAUUUACAUCAGUUUUGUUAACUUGAAUCAGCAAUAUAUACAUUUCUUGCAAAAUAAAUUUACAAAUCAUCCUUUCUGUAAGCACAUGAAGUAAUCAAUUUGAUUUGGAAUUUAUUCCAAAUAAUCCCCCUUGCGUACUUCAAAACACUUGCAGC